CGAGAAUACAGCAGUUUACUAUGGACUGAUGUUACCGAGGAGAGGACUGAAUGGUUUGGAAGAUUGACGUUCUGGUCUCAUGAAACUAGAAGAAGUCUAUACACUCUUUUGCAUAAAAGAUGAACCGCUGACAGCCGAUCCGCUUAGACUACCAUCAGCCAACACAACCCGAUUACCCAAACAACGACGACAGUCAUAUAUUCUACAUUUGUAACGUUUUGUUAAAUAAUCGUUUAGUGGACAAUUGUGAGUGACAGCUGGUUGAUAUCCAAACAUUUGUAUAACAGUUAAGCAGUAAAACAAACUAUGAAAAACCAAAACAAAGGGACAGAAGGAAAAUUGGAGCCAUCAAGUACACCUGAAGAUGUGCCAUACUGUGAGAGCCCAAGUAAAGUUUUUAAAAGUGACCAAACAGGUGUCUUUAUUCCAGGAAAUCAUGAAGCUGAGAUGUGCUAUGGAGGAGAAGCUGAUCUACACAAACAUGUUACUGGCUGUAAGAAGAAUCCAGGUCACAAAGGUUUUAUACCUCUUAAAGAUUUCAACAUAAAUUACCUCCCUUCACGUUACCAUGACGACGUGUUCAUGUCUGAGACAAUCAAAACAAUGGCAGCCAUAACUGUCCAGGUAAAGACUAAAUUCACCAGUCUAGAGAGACCAGAGUUUUACCCAGGCACUAAAGUUCCAUAUCCAUGUUAUAAUGACAGAGGAAGUCACGUGAUGAGGUUAGGGACGGGGAGGGUGUAUGAGGUGUUCAAGUACAGAGAGAGAAACAGAUGGGGAACUUGUCGUUGUGCAAAGUGUCAAGUCUCUGCCACACCCAGCAAAGUGUGGGGGGAGGUUCUUGUGGUGACAGCCACACACGUGGUGUUUGAUAACAGUGAGGCGAGACAGACCAGGUGUGUUUUAGGUUUUGAUGACAAUAAAAGUCCAGUGGUCAGUCUUGAUGGCUGGGAGGUGAGGGGUGUGCCAGACAUUGAGAGAGACUGGUGUAAUAUGGGUUAUGUGACAUGUGACUUAGAGUUGGUCGAUGAACUGGACAAGAUGUGUGAGCACUUUGAUGAUCUAUGUAGGGAAGUAAGGAACAAAUACAGUAGAUUUGUUGAUGUGGACAAGUUGACCGUUAUAGUGUCACAUCCUCAUGGCUGUCCUAAACAGAUCUCUGUUGGACAAUGGACACACAAACAUGAGAGAUUUGGCAGGUGGACCAGGUACUGGUACACAACAUGUACAUGUCCAGGCUCCAGUGGAGCGACUGUCUACAGGCUGGGAUAUGACAGGUGGUUGUCUCGCCAUCCCCACAGUGGAACAAACUCUGAAGGAAAUUAUAGUGGGGAGUGGAGGUACUGAUGUAACUGUUAGUUCUCUCCCCUUGUCUACACAAUGUAUACAAACAAAAUGGCGGAACCUUUCCCGUCCUUAAACUGUUUGUGUUAAUACUUUCAUGUCUUGUAAACAUUUUAUUACAUUUAAAUGAUUAAAACACAUGUUUUGAUUGAUACAAACCGUUUAAACGUUAUAAUUUGCAUCUACCACAAUGUAUUUUAGGCACAUUUCAUGUUUAUUGUUGUAAAUAUUAUCUCUGUAACAAAUGUCGGCAACAUUGUUGUUUCAACCUUACCAUGAAUUGUAUCUUUACAUAUUACAUUUCAUGCUAUUUUUUUGUUUACAAAAUUAUUACAUACUAGAAAAUAA